AUGGGUGGUGAAAUGUUCUCACCUACAUUUGCAAUGAAUGUGGUGGAUAUUUCAGGAUGCGUGAUUCUUCUCAUUGCUUGGAAACGUUCUUUACUCCAAUAUCGUUCCACAGUUGGAGUGUUCAGUCUAGAGCAACGAUUCCAAUUAUCAGAAGUUUAUACAUGGUCGCGACAUUUGAUUCCAGCAGUCCUAUUGGCCAGCUUUACAAAAAUGAUGGUUAUUGUGAUCAUCUGGAUUCUCAUCACUGGCAACUACACUGGAAAUGACGCAGCUAUAUGGGUGAUCAUUUAUAAUAAUAUUUUGAACAUUUACACAGUAAUAAUGCCAUUCGUGAUACUCGUGAAACAUAAUAAGGUCCGCCAGAAGCUGAUGCACACUCAAAACCAGAAACCAAUGGAAAUGAGGAAAACCAUUGAUGGAAAAGUGAUUCCGAACCGCUACAUCACUGCAAAAUAUUCAAUUGCCCAAUCUUUAAGAAAUCGUAUAUUUUCCAUUUCCAUCGGAGCUGUUAUUUCAAUACUUUCAAUGAUUUAUGCUCAAGUAAUUCAUCUAGUAAACUUUCACAUCAUAGCUAUCACCUGUCUGAACAUUGUUGACAUGAUUGCGUUAAUAGUUCUUGUGCUCUCUUCGAAGUUCUCAAUAAAACAUUAUAAGAACACUGCGGGGGUGACCAGUUUGGAGCAACGCUUUCAGAUUUCCGACGUCUACAUCUGGACUCAAGCUCUCAUUCCGCCUACAUGUCUAGCAUUUCUUCUGAAAUUUACAUAUGUUAUUGUUGUCUGGAUGUUGCAAACUGUUGAAGACAGCAUGUCAUAUCAAAUAACUUUCACUCAUUUCUUUCAAAAUGUCUUGGAUCUUUUAACUAUUGCGAUUCCAUUUUUAGUGAGCAGCAAUCAUAGAAGAUUGAACAAACUGAAGUUGAGAAAUCGUGGCCGUGUGAACCCUAUUGAUCCAGUGACGCACGUCAAAACUCUAGAUGGAAAACCUAUUCAUUUGAAGACUACUUUCCAUGAUCAUUUCGAUUUUUUGAAGAACCACUGGAAAUGA